CCAAGUAACUGGUGAUGAUGCGUGGACCGAACGAUCGUCGUGUCAUUGUUGCAACUGGAUUGUAGUACACAUCAUAAUGGAACUUUGCUCUCUAGUCCAACAAAACUUAACUAACCAAAAGGCAAGUGUGUUAACAUGUCAUUACGCAGGCAUGGGGCUUCAGUUUUAGCUGCCAGAUUAGUUAACUAGCCAACGGGAACUUGAUCAAAUGCAGGCUAAUGACUGGGAAAAGAAAUUCAGUUAAAAAUACAAUAUAGCACAACAAAAGAACUAGAGCUAACAAACCAGCAGCUGCUUUGUUAGUAUUGCUAACUUGUUGACUGUCUAGCUAACCAACUAGAUAUUUUACUUGGUCAUAGUUAAUUCUUUAAAAUUAGACAAUUUAGUUGUUGCAUCCAUUGUAAACCACAUUUUGCUCGCUUGGCUGUAGUUACCGGCCGCUAGCUAACGUUAUAUUAGAUAGCUAUCUACACUGUGAAGUGCAGUGUAGGUUUCGCCACAGUACUUUAAUUAAGUUACAUUCCUUAAAUGCGAUUGCAAUGUUUGAAUGUAUAACGUUAAGUAGCCAGUCAAGCAAGCUACCCUAGUAUUCAAAGUAACACGAACUAGCUAGAUAUCUUGUGUGCAUGCCAAUAGUAUGGCAUUGAACAGUUUUAAACAACCCAUUAGUGUUACUGUUAGCCAGUGUCUCGUGUUAAUGACGCUGGGUGUUUUGUUUUACAGAGCACAAUCACAAUGCAUCAUUGUGACAUCAAUUAACUAGUACUGUACCAGUCAAAUACUGUCCAUGAUAUGGACCGUUAUGUUCAGAUGUUAUAACUACGUACUGUAGCUUUCCAGCAAGUCAAUCAGGAAAUUAAAAACAAUACAAGUGUUGCAAUCGUAACAAGUGGGACGCCUACCCAGCAGCUUGACAGCUACGCUAGCAGCUACGCUUGGUCUGUCUUUGUGAUUGGAGUGUCUAUGGCGGAGUUUGGAGGAAACGACGGCUUGUCUCCAUCGAAUACUGGGGGUACGGUGGCCGUGGUCAGUGAUGAGAUAGACGGGAAGGCGCAUUGCGAAGUAUCGGUCUUGAACGGAGACUGUGGGAUAACGGCAGACAUGGUUGGCUCCGGAUCCUUCGCUGUACCUGUCAGCUCCGGGCUUGAAACGACCAACAACGCCUCUGUCGGAUUGGAUUCCAAGCCAGGAAUUCCACGCAGGAGCAGCAUUAUUAAGGAUGGCUCAAGGCAGCGGAAAGAGAGAAAGAAGACUGUUUCAUUCAGCAGUAUGCCUACUGAGAAGAAGAUAAGCAGUGCGAGCGACUGCAUCAAUGCCAUGGUAGAUGGCUCUGAACUGAAAAAGGUGCGCUCCAACUCCCGCAUUUACCACCGCUACUUCCUUCUGGACGCUGACAUGCAGUCUCUUAGAUGGGAACCCUCAAAAAAAGAGUCAGAGAAAGCCAAAAUUGAUGUCAAGUCUAUCAAAGAGGUGCGUACAGGCAAGAACACAGAAACCUUUAGGACCAAUGGAAUAUAUGAUCAGAUCUCAGAGGACUGUGCAUUCUCCGUCAUCUACGGGGAAAACUACGAGUCUUUGGACCUGGUUGCGAACUCUGCCGAUGUGGCUAACAUAUGGGUGACCGGGCUUAGGUACCUAAUAUCCUAUGGGAAACUCACUUUGAAUAUGAUUGAGAGCAACCAAAACAAAAUGCGCUGCUCCUGGCUUGGUGAUCUUUUUAAUCAGGCUGAUGCCAACAACAGCAAGCACAUCAGUCUAUGUGCUGCAGUGCAGCUAAUUAAAAACCUAAACCCUGGACUAAAAAAUGUUAAGAUUGAACUCAAGUUCAAGGAGUUUCACAAAUCUAAAGAUAAGGUGGGAAGUGAUGUUACUAAGGAGGAGUUCAUUGAAGUCUUUCAUGACCUGUGCACAAGACCAGAAAUCUAUUUCCUUCUCGUCCAGUUCUCUAGCAAUAAGGAAUUUCUAGAUACCAAGGACUUAAUGAUGUUUCUGGAGGCUGAGCAGGGUAUGGCACAAGUAAGUGAAGACACGAGCCUGGAGGUCAUUCAGAGCUACGAACCUUCCAAGGAAGGACAGCUCAAGGGCUGGCUCUCCCUUGAUGGGUUUACCAAUUACCUCAUGUCACCCGAGUGCCACAUAUUUGACCCUGAACAAAAAACUGUGUGCCAGGACAUGAGUCAGCCCUUGUCGCACUAUUUCAUCAACGCUUCCCACAACACAUACCUAAUUGAGGAUCAGUUCAGAGGUCCCUCUGACAUUACAGGAUACAUCCGUGCCCUCAAGAUGGGUUGCCGUAGUGUUGAACUAGAUGUCUGGGAUGGACCAGAUAAUGAGCCUGUCAUUUACACUGGCCACACAAUGACCUCACAGAUAGUUUUUCGCAGUGUCUGUGAAGUUAUCAACAAAUACGCCUUUGUUGCUUCUGACUUUCCUCUCAUAUUGUGUCUGGAAAACCACUGUUCCUUAAAACAGCAGAGAGUCAUGUUUCAGCAUUUAAAAAAGAUUAUUGGGGAUAAGAUCUACACAGAUCCACCCAAACCUGAGGACAGCUAUCUCCCCUCGCCUUCAGACCUCAGGUAUAAAAUUCUAGUAAAGGGGAAGAAGCUGGGUACAACCUGCACUAGCUCCGAGGGUGAAGUGACAGAUGAGGAUGAAGGAGCAGAGAUGUCCCAAAAAAUUAAUAUUGAAUCUGCCGAACAACCGAGCGUCCCACAGAAAAAGUUCCAACUGUCCAAAGACCUUUCUGACCUGGUGACAUUGUGUAAAUCAAUUGAGUUCAAAGACUUCCCAACAGCUUUCCAAAAACAGAGACACUGGGAACUUUGCUCGUUUAAUGAGGUCUUUGCCGGUCGCUGUGCCAGUGACUUCCCAGGUGACUUUGUCAAUUACAACAAAAAGUUCUUGGCGCGGGUAUACCCUAGUCCAAUGCGGAUCGACUCCAGUAACAUGAACCCUCAGGACUUCUGGAAAUGUGGUUGCCAGAUUGUGGCGAUGAACUACCAAACCCCUGGCCUAAUGAUGGACCUCAACAUUGGCUGGUUCCGUCAGAAUGGGAGCUGUGGGUAUGUACUGCGUCCGGCUAUCAUGAGGGAGCAGGUGUCCUAUUUCAGUGCCAACACUAAGCACUCAGUGCCUGGAGUUUCUCCUCAGCUCUUGCACAUUAAAAUUAUAAGUGGACAAAACUUCCCCAAACCCAAAGGCUCAGGUGCCAAAGGAGAUGUUGUUGACCCUUAUGUCUAUGUGGAGAUCCAUGGUAUCCCUGCUGAUUGUGCUGAGCAAAGGACUAAAACUGUCACUCAGAAUGGGGAGAACCCCCUGUUUGACGAAAGCUUUGAGUUUCAGAUUAACCUCCCUGAGCUGGCCAUGGUGCGCUUUGUGGUGCUGGAUGAUGACUACAUCGGCGAUGAGUUCAUUGGCCAGUACACUAUCCCCUUUGAGUGUCUCCAGGCAGGAUUUCGCCACGUACCGUUACAGUCGUUAACAGGGGAAAUACUUCCCCAUGCCUGGCUGUUUGUGCAUGUGGCCAUCACCAACAGAAGGGGCGGUGGCAAGGCUCACAAGAGGGGGCUUUCGGUGCGCAAGGGCAAAAGAAAUCGGGAGUAUGCCACCAUGAGGGUGCUGCUGAUCAAGGCCGUGGAUGAUGUCUUCAAGACAGCCACACUGCCACUAAGAGAAGCAACAGACCUUAGAGAAAACAUGCAGAAUGCUAUAGUUCCCUUCAAGGAGCUGUGUGGCCUCUCGGCGGUGGCCAACCUGAAGCAGUGCAUCCUGGCCCUGUCUUCCCGGCUGAUGGGGGCUGACAACAAGCCACUCCUGGUGUUCAACCUCAGAGAUCAGUACCCCAACAUGGAGCCGCAGGGCCUGUUACCAGAGGUCCUGAAGAAGCUUGUCAACACCUACGACAUGAUGAUCCAGACCAGCAGAAGUCUGCUGGAGAACUCUGACAAUGUUUACGAGCGAAUACUACUCGCCCAGAAAGCAGCAAUGGAGUUCCAUGAGAACCUCCAUGAAAUGGCAGUGAAGGAAGGCCUGAAGGGCAGAAAGCUAACUAAGGCUGUGGAGAACUUCACCUGGAACAUCACCAUUCUCAAGGGCCAGGCAGACCUGCUGAAGCACGCCCGGAGUGAGGUCCAAGAGAACCUGAAGCAGAUCCACUACGCUGCCCUGACCUGUAACCUCAGUAAAGAUGGGCCAUCAGGAAGUACGGCUGGCUCUGAAUCUAGGGCCCGACCGGGCAGUCUGGAGGCCAUUCCAGAGACUGCUACGGGGGAGGACGAGAUAUUUGGGGAUGAAAACUGAAGGCUCAUCCUAGUGCCACACAUUUCCCCCAACCCCAGAGACACACGUACCCCAAAUCCUAGUGCCAUACAUACUCCCUGUCCCUGCUGCAGUCCCACACCUAACUACAGUAGUAUGGUUCUAGUAAACAUUCCUUUUCCAACACGCCACAUUCCCAUUUCCCUUAAACCCUUAACCCCUCCUGCACACCUCACCGUCCGGCAGCAAGAUGCUGAGGGUCAACUAGGAGGGCCUGGGGAGCGUCUUCCCUAGGACGGCCUGGGGAGCGUCUUCCCUAGGACGGCCUGGGGAGCGUCUUCCCUAGGACGGCCUGGGGAGCGUCUUCCCUAGGACGGCCUGGGGAGGGUCUUCCCUAGGACGGCCUGGGGAGCGUCUUCCCUAGGACGGCCUGGGGAGGGUCUUCCCUAGGACGGCCUGGGGAGCGUCUUCCCUAGGACUGCCUGGGGAGCGUCUUCCUAGGUGGGCCUGGGGAGCAUCUUUCCUAGGACGGCCUGGGGAGCAUCUUUCCUAGGACGGCCUGGGGAGCAUCUUUCCUAGGACGGCCUGGGGAGCAUCUUCCCUAGGUGGGCCUGGGGAGCAUCUUCCCUGGGUGGGCCUGGGGAGCAUCUUCCCUAGGUGGGCCUGGGGAGCAUCUUCCCUAGGUGGGCCUGGGGAGCAUCUUCCCUAGGUGGGCCUGGGGAGCAUCUUCCCUAGGUGGGCCUGGGGAGCAUCUUCCCUAGGUGGGCCUGGGGAGCAUCUUCCCUAGGUGGGCCUGGGGAGCAUCUUCCCUAGGUGGGCCUGGGGAGCAUCUUUCCUAGGACGGCCUGGGGAGCAUCUUCCCUAGGUGGGCCUGGGGAGCAUCUUCCCUAGGUGGGCCUGGGGAGCAUCUUUCCUAGGUGGGCCUGGGGAGCAUCUUCCCUAGGUGGGCCUAUUGGAACUGCCAUAAGACUGUCUUAAAGCAGUGAUCUGUUGUAGAGACUCAGUGCACUUAUUCCAGACGGACCCCAAGGGUUGACCCUAGGAGAGCCGCUCUGAGUGGUCCAAGGAUUUUUAAGCACAAUUUUACAGGUUUCUGAAGAAUCAGAAACUAGAGCUGUGAAUGUAAUAUAAAACAGGGAGAAGGAAAGCUGGACAGAAACAAGGAAAUGGAUUGCUGUUUACGAUAUUAUUCUCGUCUGACAAAAUAGUAUAUUCACAGUAUAUAUGGAGUUCUGUUACCUUUUUUUGCAAUGUGCAUCAUUUUAUUAUUGUACUCUUGAGAAAUACAAUUUAUUUUGUAAAGGAAAUAACUUUUGUCUGUGAAAUUGGGGUGUCACUAUGAAGUGACCUUUAAAACAAAACAGAAGAAGGGAAGAAUGCAAGUUACAAUGUGUGGUCUAAGGGUGGCAGUCCAGUCUCAAACCCAACCAGCAACUGCUACGAGGUGGAACUAUGGAGUGAGUAAUAAUGUUCUAAGUGUAAUUUCACCAUUCCAUGUGAAAGGAUUAAGUAAGAAAGCUUCUCAAACUGUCAUGGUGACAAACUAGCUCCCCAUUCAUGACAUAUUGUUCGUUAUAUAACUGUGCCUCAUUGCUAUAUGUCAACCAAGGGGAUGUAUGCUAAGGAAAGAGGCACUCUUCCUCACAUCCAUCCUUCUUAACCUGCCUUUCCCAACAAGUUCAUUCUCUCCACAGUGCUCAAACAGUUGCUCCUGGUUAACCAAAGUCACCCAUCCACACUCCUGCAUCUCAUUCUUCACCCACCAGUGUUUUAACUGGGCCCACACUGGGACAAAAAGUUGUUCUUGAACAUCAGUGCUGUGACAGUUGUUGUAUAACUGUUGUUAACCUUUUUCUGCAGGAAGAACUGAAUACCUGUUUUGUUCUCAUCUGUGAAGUCUCCAAACCUCCCGAAUAAAUCACUUCAAUUAGUUGA